AUGAGAGCGACACGACUGUAUCUUUUGCCUCUGGUGCUUCUUUUAGGAGCCCAUUCAAGAGCGGUUCAUGGUGAGCAGAAGCAAAACGAAGAGCAAAACAAUCAAUGUGACUGUGCUAACACAUUGCAAUCACAGUGUGGUUGCCAAGGGCCAUACAAUCCCGCAUGUAAUUGUGGUCAGCUUCAACAGCAGUACAACAGCUGCGGAUGUGGUCCAUUAGCUUACCAGGUUUCCUGCAAUCAGUGUCAGACUGCUCCACAACAGUUGUGCGAACCAGUAUGUAUGCCGUUGUGUCAACCCGUUUGCAUACAGCAACAACAACAGCAACAGCUCACGCAGAUAAUCCUUGUUCAGCAACCUCCUCAACAACCUCCUCAGCAACAGUGCGCUCUCGUUUGUAUGCCGGCCUGUCAGCCACAAUGUAUCCAGCAGGCUUGUGUACCGGCCUGCCAACCAAUGUGCUUACCGCAAUGCGUAGAACAACAACAACAACAGAUUAUUGUCGUCCAACAGCCACCACCACCCCCACCACCACCGCAACAACAACAGUGUGCACUGCUGUGCAUGCCAGCCUGUCAGCCACAAUGUGUUCAGCAAUCUUGUGGCAACGCUUGCAACCAGCAGCCUCAACAAGUGAUAGUCCUACAACAGCAGGCUCCUCAACCUCAGUGCGCUCCUGCGUGUAUGCCAUCCUGUCAACCUCAAUGCGUGGAGCAACAACAACAGCAAAUCAUUGUCGUGCAACAAUCACCACAACAACAGUGUGCUCCUGUCUGUAUGCCGUCCUGCCAACCACAGUGCAUUCAACAGGCUUGUGUUCCAGCGUGCCAACCAAUGUGUUCUGAGCAGUGUGUUGAACAACAACAGCAGCAGGUCAUAGUCGUACAGGUGCCAUCACAGCCGCCAUGCCCAACUACUUGCCAGCCAUCGUGCUCUCCUCAGUGCGUCCAGCAGCAGCAAAUCUGUGCUGUCGCAUGUGAGCCUAGCUGUCAGAGUUCGUGUAACUCAAAUGCGCAAUGCGUUCAGGCUUGCCUUCCCAGUUGUGAAUCUUCGUGCAUUCAACAAUCUAAUCCCAUUAUCAUUGUGCAUCAACAACCGCAAAACAACUGUCCUAUUCCAUGUCAACCAUCCUGCACUCCUCAGUGCGUUCAGACACAGCAGAUCUGUCAGUCCACUUGUCAACCAUCUUGCCAAAGCUCUUGCGGUGACAACCUACAGUGUAUUCAGCUGUGCUUGCCUAGUUGUCAGCAAUCUUGCAAUCAGCAAUCACAACCUGCGAUCGUACUCCAGCAACAACAGCCCCAACAGCAAAAGUGCAUCCCGGUUUGCCAACCGGCCUGCCAACCCCAAUGCGUUCAGCAGCAGCAGAUUUGCAUACAAGCAUGUCAACCAAGCUGCCAGAGUACGUGCGGCGGCAACAUCCAGUGCUCGCAAAGUUGUCAAGGCAGUUGUGAACAAGCCUGUGCCAGUCAACAAUUCGCUGUUAUCCAAGCCCAACCUGCAUGUGGUCAGCCCUGUCAGGCUCAGCCAGUUAUGCAGUGCCCUCCUCAAUGCCAACCUUCAUGUCAGCCCUCGUGUGUGGCUCAGGCGCCGUCGAUGGCGCAGCAGCCGGCGAUUGUGAUCUGCAACCAACCAGCUAGACAGUGUAGCUGUGGUGCUGGAUACUCUCAAUGUAUGCAAGGAGUGUGUUGCCUUCGAAAGAGAUAUGUUCGGUCGAAGAACAAGACUUAA